GAAAAAAUUACAUCAAACCUUGACUAUGAUAUUAUAUAUCCAUGGUUGCAACCCAAUAUUAUUUAGGGAUUACAGAAAUUUGAUUUUGUUGCAAGAACUUAGUUGAAGUUAAAAUGUGAAGUCGAAAAAAAAAUAUUAAAAAAUGAUAAAUUUCAUUGAUUAGAUGUUAGUUGAAUAAAAAUCUUUAAUUGGUUUGGCGUAGAUACGAGUGGCUUGUCCCUCAUAUUAUAGAAAACCAAUUCCCACCCACAAGUCAUGUAAAAAAAGCAUCAACUAUCGAGAGUGGGCUUUAAACCCUUUGACCACGUAGGUUUGACCUUACCCUGGGACUAUUGCUUCAUUGUAACCGUGAAUUUACCAACUUUAAAGAUCCAGAAUUAUGCAAAUUUUCUUAUGCCUUCUUCAACUUCAAUUAGCCGUAGGCCAUCUACUCCCAUUCGCCCUACAAUCUCAGCCAUCGGCAGUUGAAAUAUCCUCGCCUAUGAUUGAGGAUCUAAUGGAAGCUGAACGGAAACAGCUCGCUGGUCAUAGAACUCUUUUCCCGAUAUAUAAACGGUCUUUCCAAUCUUUACCAGACUACACUUUGGAUGAUCUUGUUUAUUUGAGAGCGGAGUACGAUGAACUGAGCUCUCUGUUUGACAGGUUCGCCCAAGCAGACUUAUACAAUCCUAAAAUCAAGAAGAGCAGUGCCAAUAAUGAUUAUUCUGAAGCUGAUGACUCUGACUGGAUGAGGAAUGCAAUUAGAAAAAUCAGAUCUCCAUCUAUUAGAACUGCAAGAAUCACACGAAGAAGCUCAGGAAACCAGGCCAGAAAUGUUAGAGCUGCUGAAAAGGUCCGAACCGCAAGAAUUACAAGAUAAGAACUUGAGGCAAUGAACCCCUGGACAGUAAACAGAAUACUGAACAAGAUUAUAUAUGUUUAAGUUAGAACAGUAACAUAUCAUACCAAAGUUGAACUGAUAUAAUAAAUAUUAAAAUUUUUAA